AUGAGAGAUAUUGGGCAUAAAAUGCUUGUUGUUUCAAAGUGGUACUCAAAGAUCACAAUAAAGAGGCUUGCUGAGUUGAUGAGUCUCACCAUCCAUGAAGCUAAGAAGUAUUUGUCUAAAAUAGUGGUCUCCAAGGCAAUGGUGGCACAGAUCGACCAACCUAUAAGAUUAGUCUCAUUCCAGCGAAAUAAUAAUAGCAAUGAACAUUUAGAUUCUUGGGUUUUGAAUGUAGACAAUCUCGUCCAUCUUCUUGAAAAGAGUUUCCUUCUAGGUUUAUAUAAGAACGACUUUGAGAAUGAGAAGAACUUACAGAGAGGCUCUUUCGGGGACCAAGCAACAGAAGAUUUGAGAAUGAGAGAUGUUGGGCAUAAAAUGCUUGUUGUUUCAAAGUGGUACUCAAAGAUCAUAUUGAAGAGGCUUGAUGAGUUAUUUUGCCUCACCAUCCAAGAAGCUAUGAAGCAGUUGUCUGAAAUAGUGGUCUCCAAGGUAGUGGUGGCAAAGAUUGACCAACCCAUGAGAUUAGUCUCGUUCUAG